UUGUUUGUUUGUUUUAAUUUGCUGGAUGUGAAGUGAAUUGCGAGUGCUUUUUCAUGUCAAGGGCAAGUCAUAUGCACCUCCUGAUUAUUUUUGGAGCAUGAGACCAUUUAGAUUUUUUUUUUCAAGUCUCUCCCCACAUAAGAUUGAGCAAAAAUGUUCCUUGACUAAUUGAAGUCAUUUCAUUGGAUUUUGAUCACAACUGAUUAUUUGUGUUUUUCCAUGUGUCUUGGGGUUUCGAACUUUCCUUCUGGAGAAUGCCUUUUGAAACAGUUUGCUCUCGCUGCCUGAUGUCAACUGCUUCGUAAUCAGUGGAUAUUAAAAUACUCAAAAUGUACAGACAGUGGGCCGUGCUGAAUGUUUUCAUGAUGUCUUCUCUGCAGUUGGUGCAGGGUUCCAGUUAUGAACAUGGACCAGUGAAGCGGGCAUCUCGGUCAACAUUAGAACGGUCUGAACAGCAGAUUAGGGCAGCUUCUGGUUUGGAGGAACUGCUGCGAAUCACCCACCUCGAGGACUGGAAGCUGUGGAGAUGCCGACUGAAGCUCAAAAGUUUGACCAGCACAGACUCUCGCUCCGCAUCCCAUCGGGCCACCAGGUUUGCGGCAACUUUCUAUGACAUUGAGACCCUAAAAGUUAUAGAUGAGGAAUGGCAGCGGACUCAGUGCAGCCCCCGAGAGACGUGCGUGGAGGUGGCCAGCGAGCUUGGGAGGAGCACCAACACCUUCUUCAAGCCACCCUGUGUCAGCGUGUUCCGGUGCGGUGGCUGCUGCAAUGAAGAGAGCCUCGUCUGUAUGAACACGAGCACCUCCUACGUUUCUAAGCAGCUGUUUGAGAUAUCAGUGCCUUUGACUUCCGUACCUGAAUUAGUGCCUGUUAAAGUUGCCAACCAUACAGGUUGUAAGUGCUUGCCAACGGCUCCCCGCCAUCCAUACACUAUUAUCAGAAGAUCCAUCCAGAUCCCGGAAGAAGAUCACUGCUCCCAUUCUAAGAAACUCUGUCCUAUUGACAUGCUGUGGGACAGCGACAAAUGCAAAUGUGUUUUACAGGAGGAGAAUCCACUAGUUGGAAUGGAAGACCACUCUCAUCUCCAGGAACUGGCUCUCUGCGGGCCACACAUGAAGUUUGAUGAAGAUCGGUGUGAGUGUGUCUGUAAGACCCCAUGUCCCAGAGAUCUCAUCCAGCACCCAGAAAACUGCAGCUGCCUGGAGUGCAGAGAGAGCCUGGAGAGCUGCUGCCAGAAGCACAAGAUAUUUCACGCAGACACCUGCAGCUGUGAGGACAGAUGUCCCUUUCACACCAGAACAUGUGCAAAUGGAAAACCAGCAUGUGCGAAGCAUUGCCGCUUUCCAAAAGAGAAGAAAGCUGCCUAUGGGCUCCACAGUCAAGAAAAUCCUUGACUCAACUUUGUUCUGAAGUUCCCCAACCCUGACAUUUUAAAUAGCGUGCUGCUUUGCCAAGUUGCUGUCACUCCUCCCCUCCCCAGGUACUAGAAAAAGGUCCAUUUUACCCAGUCCCACAGUGAAUCCAGACCACUCUUCCAUUACACACCAGCUGAGGAUUCCCUGCCCUGGCUCACUGACAGAUGUCUUCCAACUGACCAUGCCCCUGCACAAGGAGAAUGGAGAGGAGGGAACCUGGGUGAACCUUUUUUUUU